CAGCCGGGACGCCGAGAGAAAUCACUUUGCUUGUAAGUGGAGUUUGCGGCUUGGAGCAGGAAUCUCGGGACAUGCUGGUGACCCAGUCGGCAGCCCGCUGGCUGCAAAGGGCGGAAGACCUUGGGGAGGAGGUCACCCGGCGCUGCCGCUCCUUUCUUCCCUCUGUCGCUCGUCUCUGCCUGGUGGCCACCUUCUUCGAGGACGCCCUGCGCAUGUGGUUCCAGUGGGUGGAGCAGAUUUCCUUCCUGCAGGACCACCAUCAGUGCUCCCCCGUCCUUGCGGUUUCUAUAGUCCUUCUGAAUCUCUUGGGUCAGCUGGUGGGCUGUGCCUUGGUCGUGCUGCAUCUAUUUACUAAUUUUGCGGUCACCCUGCUGGCCAGCCUAGUGUUGCUCCAGGUUCACAUCUAUGAAGUGCCCCUCCAACUGAAGUUGCUUCUCCGAAAUUUUUCGCUUCUUGGAGGCUUGUUGCUCUUGCAUGUGGAGAACAAGGAGUCCGUGGCCUGCCGCAUCUACGGAGCAGGAGCCGGUCUACCUCUCCUAGUGAGCCGGCGAGCCCAGCACCUGAUGCAGCUCACCGGAAGAAUCCUACUGGCCCUAAUGUAUCUGACCCUGUUCCAGCAGUAUUUCAGCAUUCCAGCCAUGGUCUUGAAUGCUCUUGGCCUGAUCCUGAUGUCGUUCAUCGUAAUUGGCUAUCGCACUCGAUUGGCUGCAUUGUGCCUUUCCCUAAUCCUGACCAUAUGGAAUGUGGCCACAAAUGCCUGGUGGUUCGCAGAUGGAGACUCUAGGGAUCUCUUGAAGUACGACUGCUUCCACACUUUAUCGGUGGUCGGAGGACUGCUGAUGGUCGUUGUCCUGGGUCCUGGGGAAGUGUCCCUCGAGCAGUAUAAGAAACAUUGGUAGGCUAGUUGGUGUAUUUUCAGAUUAAUCGAACAGAGAAGCGAAUGAAAACAUCCAAAUUUCCCUUGAGCGAAACAGUGAGGUUUUAUACGGAGUAGCAAAGAGUAUUUUGGAACUUUUAGUAACUUUGAUUAAUCUGUAAUGAGAUAUACCCGUGAUUGGUAUUUUGUAAA